CUUAACCGGAACCGACCGAGUUGAAAAAAAGUACAUGCCGAAAAAGUCACAAAGCCAAAGGCACGAUGACCGAGGCGGCACGGUUAAUCCAACAGUGGACGCUGAUGGAGGAGUGCUUGUUGGCGUCGGCUUGGGUUGACGUCUCCGAGCAUCCUAUCAUUGGUUCGGAGCAAACGAAGGAUGUGAUGUGGGAUCGUAUCGAGGAGAAGUUCUUCACGGCGAUGAACAAGGACGACACCUACCGAACCCGGGACCAACUCACUUCCAAAUGGAGCCACAUCAACCGUAAAGUCCGAAAGUUUAUCGGAGUUUACGAGGAAUGCUCCCGGUCCCGGAGGAGCGGGAUGAACGACGCCAAUGUUCUCCGACUUGCCACGGCCCGGUAUCAAGACAACGGCCACCAAGGCAAGUUGCCCAUCGAUUUUUGGAGGAUUUUGAGUCGUUCCCCAAAGUGGCAACAACUCAACAAUCCCGACGGCGGGUCGUUCCGGAAAAGAUCCUCCGUCGACGCCGAGGUUGAGGUCGACGAGACUACCGGUUCGACUGAUCAAAUCCCUUCCUUCAACGUUGUGGAUUCUGAUGACGAGGACCCCAUUCUAUGGCCGAUCGGAAGAAAGAAGGCAAAAUCCAUUGCCUCGGCUUCGGGAGGGUCCGGGUCUGUUUCCGCUUCUUCUUGCAACGAAAUCAGCCAGGAAAUGGUUGAACAACUUCGGGCGUUCAAUCUCCAAGAACAAGAGAGGUUGAAGCUAAAGGAGGAGUUGAUGCUAAAGGAGCAGGAGGCCGAGAUGAAAGUCAUGGCAACCGACCCGGGACGUUGUCGGAGAUUGGACGAAUGCUCUACGAGCAAAGAAUAAAAGAGAUCAAGGAGAAAUAUAAUUUUCCUUAGUUUUUUUAUUAUUGUAUCUUUUUUUUUAUUAUUGUCGCUUUUGUUUAUUUAAUGAAUAUAUUUUUUUAUUAUUCGUGUUUCAAUAUAAUUAAAUAAUAAAUUAUUUACAUUUUA